AUGGAGCCGGCGCCAGACACGCCUCUGCAGACCCGCGUGGUCGACGACAAAUCGCCCAUCAUCAUCCCCUGGAUCCUGUCGCGGAUCGGAGAGCACCGGAAACAGCAUCCCGACAGAGCGGAACAGCGUCCGUUCAUCGUCGGGCUGAAUGGGGUGCAAGGCGUCGGCAAGACAACGCUCGUCCGCGCCCUGGCCGAGACGCUACAGGAGCGCGAGGGGUUGCCGACCUUGGUCGUAAGCAUCGACGACUUUUACCUCACGCACGCAGACCAGCUCGCGCUGGCGGCAGCACACCCGGAUAACGCGUUGGUGCAGCAUAGAGGCGAGCCCGGAACGCACGACAUCCCCCUCCUCACCGCGUUCCUCGCCUCCCUCAAGGCCGGCUCCCACCCGAUCCCGAUCCCGCAGUACGACAAGUCGGCCUUCUCGGGACUGGGCGACCGCGCGCCGCCGUCCACCUGGCCGUCCACCUCGCCCGACCGCCCGCCCCGCGUGCUGAUCCUGGAAGGGUGGUGCGUCGGCUUCCGGCCGCUGGCCGCCCCGGCCCUCGCCGCCCGAUGGAGCGCCGGCGGCGGCGGUGGCGGCCAGUCCCGGACCCUUCACCGGCACAAGCUGGAGCAUCUGCAGUUCGUCAACGACCGGCUGGCCGACUAUGACCGGGUCAUCAACGGGGCGCUGGAUGCCUUCAUCCAUAUUGACGCAGAGGACACCGAGUACGUCUACGCCUGGCGGGCGGAGCAGGAGGAGCAGCUGCGGCGGGAAAAGGGAAGCGGGAUGACUGAGGAGCAGGUGGUCAAGUUUGUGGAUGCGUAUUACCCCGCGUACGAGCUGUUCACAGAAGGGGUGCGGCGAGGCGUCUUUGAGGGCGUGCCAGGAAAGCGUGGGUGCCAACUCCGGGUUGUGGUAGGGAGGGAUCGGAGGGUUGUGGAGAGCAUGGUGAUUUAG